GCGCGGUGUUACGUUAGACAGCAGAACGGAGCAGGCUCUCCAGAAGUGACACACGUUUUCGCGGAUCGAGACCACGGUAUCCCUCGAAUAUGGGGGAGGAGAGAUUGAACAUCGACGAACCUCUAUGGGAUCUUAGCACUUUCGCAGGCAGAUGGAAACAUUUUGCCUGGGUGACGGACUUCCGGACUUGUAUCGUUCCUGAAUCUAAGUUGCUCGAAGCAAAAAAGCUACGUGAGGAUUACAAACUUGGGAAGGAGCCAGCUGGUACAACCCGGGAGCAAAUCAUCUAUGCUAAGAAGCUUUACGAGUCGGCCUUUCAUCCCGACACCGGUGACCUGCAGAAUGUCUUUGGCAGAAUGUCCUUCCAAGUACCAGGAGGAAUGGCUAUCACUGGUGCCAUGCUUCAAUUCUACAAAACAACCACGGCUGUGGUGUUUUGGCAGUGGGUGAAUCAGUCCUUCAACGCAUUGGUAAACUACACAAACAGAAACGCUAAUAGUCCUACGACCGUGAAUCAACUAGGAGUGGCAUAUGUCAGUGCUACAUCGGCAGCCAUGAUAACAGCAAUAGGGUGCAAAUCGUUUUGGGCAAAACGAGCAAGUCCACUUAUGGCGCGUUACGUGCCAUUCGCUGCUGUAGCAGCCGCAAACUGCGUGAACAUUCCCUUGAUGAGACAAAAUGAGAUCAGUAGUGCAAUUGAUAUCUGCGACGAGAACGGUAAUAAGUUGACGAAAUCAAAACUUGCAGCAAUCAAAGGCAUUAGUCAAGUAGUUAUCUCAAGAAUUGUCAUGUGUGCACCUGGCAUGUUAAUUCUACCACCCAUCAUGGAAAGGCUAGAAAAAUACGUUUGGAUGCAAAGAAUUAAACCACUGCAUGGACCCAUACAAGUUUUAUUGGUCGGUUGUUUUCUAACAUUCAUGGUACCAACAGCAUGUGCAUUAUUCCCACAAAACUGCUCAAUUAAAUCGAGUACUUUGGAACGCUGGGAGCUCGAGAACUACGAACUUUUAAAGCAGAAUUGUAAAGACAAAGAAAUACCAAAAUAUUUAUAUUUUAACAAAGGUUUAUAAUGCACAAAGACUGUAGUCGUGAUAAAAGAUCAUGGAGGGUGCUCUUUCUAUCGCCCUGUAUAAGAUAGCAAGCUAAUUAAUA